AUGUCCUAUGUAUCAUCUAUUGAAUUAAGAAAAGUUCGUCCCGAAGUAGUCAAUGAGAAAAGUGUUUUAGAAUCAGUUGUCGAUCUUUUCCACGAUGUCGUAGAAAAAGUUCCUCAAGUACGUUUCUUUCUUUUUGAUUUCAAUCGUGAUAAACCAUUCGUAAAUAUUCUCACUCAGGCUUAUGCAAUAUCAUCUCGGCCGGCAAAUACGGAUCAGUUAGAACCAAUCGAAUGGAUGCGAUUUCUUCCCAACGCACAUGAAUGGCAUUCGUCUAUACGUAUUGAUACACUCGUUCUGUUAAUUGCAUAUAAGAGCGGCCUAGCAUUAUGGACAAUCGAAACCAAUGGCAUCGCCAAUGAGUUAUUUUCAAUUCGAGAACAUAAUCUAUCGUCUGUAUGUUUAUUAACAAGCGCUCCUUCUCAAGAUGAUCUUUACCUAUCCCAACGUCCGUUAUUUGCAUUUGCUAAAUCUGCUGGUCCACCUUCGAUACAUAUUCGUUCGUUAAAAAACGAUCAGCAAGCUUUGAAAAUCAUUAAUCUGCCAGGCAUUGGUGCUCAGAGUGAACCUCUAUGGAUCGAAGCAAACAAAUCUGUGUUAGUUUGCGCGACACACACAUUUAUCAUCGGUUAUGAUGUGAUGAAAUUCGAUGAAAAAUUCUUCAUUUCAAAUUGCUAUUCGUCGAUUCCUUACACGUUAUCAACACGAUGGUUAGCAUUUGUUGACUCUCGUCUAUAUAUGAUCCAUCAAUCAUCAGGCGGAAUCGAUGGAGCGAUAUCUGAACAGCACAGUUCGUACACAGGUGCAAUGCUGAAUGCAGCGAAAACAUUAUCGAAAAGUGUAGUAAAACUUGGUGAAAGCGUUCUAGGAUAUGGUAAUAGUAGUAUUCAAGUAAAUAAUGCAAUGGCAAAUGAGAAAACAUCAAAUCAACAAACGUCAGUUACGACGAACGGAAAUACGAAUUCCACGCGACAUCGACAUGGAUCAGGAAAAGAUGAAUCGCAACCGGGCAUGGUUACCAUUGUUGAUACAGUUAAAUUAUUUGGAGCAUCUGUUCAUGAUGAACGACAAAAUUGGAUUAUUGCACAUUUUCAAGCACAUACAGAACCGAUUGGUCAUCUGCAAUUCAAUCCAAGUGGCCAUUUACUUGUUACAUGUGAUAAUGGUGGACACCAUUUCAAUGUAUUAGAAGUUAGAGCGUCACCUUAUCGUUGUACUCGAACGUAUAUCAAGCAUUUGUAUACCCUAUUUCGAGGCGAUACAGAUUGUCGAGUUUCACAUAUGACAUUUACAAGCGAUAGUCGAUGGCUUGCUGUGUCGACAAAGCGUGGCACAACACAUCUGUUUGCUAUCAAUCCAUAUGGAGGUGCAGUCAAUGUUCGUACACAUACGAAGACUCAUGUUGUCAAUAAACUUACUCGCGAUCAGCGCGCAGCCGGUUUUGAUGAACAAACACCUCGUCCAUCAAAUGAUAGUGCAACAAAAGAUUCAUCGACGAAUACAUUAACCAACACGUUAACUAAUCCGCCGCAUAAUCAGAAUGCAAACUAUUUCAAUGCUACCCGUGCGAAACGAGCUAAUAGUGAAUGUGUCUUUUCAACAGCUAUUACAUUAAUUCGGCAACCAACGGAUAGUUUUGUUAGUGGACUCAGUGCACCCUUUAAUAUUGAUUCAAUAUGUUUGGCGGCAACAUUCGGCAUAUCGCGUGGAUUCCUCAAUCCGGAAGAGAUGAUCAAUCAGCAAGAACAUACACCGAAAGCAUGUAGUUCACUGUUCGUUAUCAGUUGGCAUGGACGAUUGAUUGAAUAUGUACUCGAACCUUUACCAGAUAUGAGUAAACAUGGUACUCGAGUCACACCCGAAACGCCAGUGGCAUUGAAGGCUACUCCAAAAGCACAAUGGCCACUUCAGAAAUUGGCAACUUGGCCAGAAGUUCGUAUGUCUCUUGGUUAUUCGUUUCUAUCACAAGGACAGCGACCAACUACUGUCAAUCGGGUUCAUUCGAAAGAUGAUUGGCUCCGUCAAGUGGAAAUGAAUACACAUGUUGGUCCUCAUCGUCGUCUCUGGAUGGGACCGCAAUUUCAAUUUAAGCAUUAUUCGCAAGCAACAGUGAGUGUAUGCCAUCCCGAUUCAAAUGUAUGUACAGCUGAUUCUCCACAAACAUCGAUGAAUGUCAUCGAUGCUGAUUUGCAAACCUUAGACACGGAACGGUCAAGAACUACACCGAUGCAUGUUCCGAGUAUUCACAAAGAUAUCGCGCCAGCUUACAUUGAAGUCGGCUCGGGCAGUUAUCAAGAUGCACCUUCAUUGAGUAUCUAUGGAAGUUCGUUGGAUAGUUUGAAAUCCGAUUUUGAAGUAGAAUUAGUUAAAAAACUAGCAGAUGCAAUUAUGGAUCUACCAUUAAAGAAUGUUGUCAAUUGCGGCGAUAUAAAUGAUUCAUUAAGUUCGUCGACUUGCAGUAGUACAGUCGUACGACCAUUGCAAGCGAACCAUUCAAUUGAAAAUAUGAUGCCAUUUCCUGAUACUGGCGAUUCAACAGAUUAA